AUGAGUAACUUGGAUCUUCUCUUUUUGGCGACAGGCGAGCAGCAGCUCCAUUCCCUACAAGGUUACACAUCCCCACCCUUGCCCAUUGCGUUAGAGGCCACUCCUGAACCAUAUCGCGAUGAUGCUGUCAUAGAUGAGGCCAGAGCCAUUGCUGCAGCCGGAUCAUGCUCUGCUAAUGGCAAUCGGUGCCAAAUUCCUUUUACCGUCUCCCCAGAUCUCUUCCCCGAACCCAGCAAGGUUGGAAUGAUAUUUUACACUGGAGCACUUGUGGAUCCCCGAAGCUACGCUCCUAUAGCAGAUAUUGUGGCCAACCGCUAUGGAAUUCCAGCAGUGGUUCCCAUUUUUGCAGGCGAUCGAGCCUUUCUGUUUGGACUUUGUGAUUCUGGACGUUUGGACUUGGCGAAAGCAGAGUUUCCGGAUGUAGAAAAGUGGGUCCUGGCUGGACAUUCCUUGGGUGGCAUUGCUGCCAUGAGUGACAUGUGGCAGCGAAUGGAAGCUGGAGAUGAUGCCGCGGCUGGGCUUGUAAUGUUGGCUGCGGAUGUUCGACGUGACUUGGGCUGUGGUGCUACUGACUACUCCAAUAGCAGUUUGCCCAUGGCAUCUUUGAUUGGAUCAUUGGAUGGAUUGAUGGACAGGACGCAAUGGGAAGAACAUUCCAUGUAUGCUUCUCCAGAGACCUUUGUUAUGGAUAUCUAUGGUGCUGCACAUGCUUCCUUUGGAGCAUAUGAUGAUUCAGCGCGGUUUGACUUGCUUGGCCAGACCGAUGGAAAACCGCUUGUUCCUUCCAAUAUUGUUUGGGAUCUUGCUGCUGCUGCCAUUGCUCAUGUGGCGGCUCGUACUGGUGUAGACCUUCCAGAGAGAGUGGAACCUCCAGAUCUCCAUGAGGAAGCUUUCCUUGAACAAUGGCCAAGAGCAGUCCUGAGGAGGUUGCUAAGGAAGGUACUGUGGCUUCCGUGGUAG